GCAAUAGUAUUAGAUUCAUCUAAGAAUGCAUAUUUACGCAACCUUUUCCCUCCUUUUCUUCUUAAAUAGAUCCUUGAUGACCCCAAGGGGUGUAAUUUUUGUGCAGUGGAAACCGAAAAACAUAGACUUCACUCGAUCAUCAUUGUACUAUAAGGUAGCGAAACAAUGAAUCAAACAAUGGCAUCAGUGCAGCUUCGCAACUAACUCUUUAACAUAGCUAAGAAUUGCAUUUAUUUUUUGUAGCUUUUUUGGUAGCAGGUAGCGAAACACUGAGUCAAACAAUGGCAUCAGUGCAACAACACCGCAGUGCCACCCACUUCUCAGCCGGGAAGGCGCAAGCAUCAACCGGACAAGAAUCGAAGAAAGAGGCACAACAAGCUCAUGAUCUUCUCCUAGCAAAUAGCAAGGAGAAAGCAAAGGUGAGCCAAGAUGAACUAGUUUUAGUAACAGGAGUAAUGAAGAAUCUCCAACCAUGUGGAAUAAUGCUUAACAAGUCCCAUGAUUGGAAAGGCCAAUUCAUAGCCAAGCCACCCGAUAAGACGAUUGGUGAACACGCGAGUGGUGCGUUCGUGCACCAAGGCGCACCGUGGCAAGGGAACCUCCCGGUGGUGGUUGGGUCUAAGGGUUCGAUGAUUUACGGUCAUUUCGAUAACCAUGUGCCUCCUAAGCUUGGGUGGCUCUUGGCUUGGGACAAGCCUGACAAUCCCAAUGAACUUAACAAGGUGUACGUAGAAGCCGGACAUCUAACAAAGCUAAUGAAGAUGGAAUGGAGUGAAAUCGAACGAAAACUCGAAGCAUCUCGUAGUGAAAGUCACUGCUGGGACGGCGAAACAGGUGCAUUAGCAGCUGCUGAUAUUAAGAACUAUGGUGAUAAACUUACGUUGCUUCGUGCUACCUUUGAUCAUUCACCAAGCAUCAAGUAAAUUUAUAUACUAAAAUUACUUGUAUUUUAAUAAUGCUGGUUGAAGGAAAUUACAUGUAAUAGCAUCUAUUAUAAUGAACUUGUUAUGUUUUUGAUGAUUA